AUGACUAUAAGGUCAAGUAAACCAUCAGGUGACCUUUGUGACAUUACCCCACUGGCAACAACUCCAGCUACCACGGUUCCAGUGGCAGUGCCAGUAGAAGCUAAGGCCAAUCCAUAUGCCUUAAGGCCAUCCACACCGUCCGACAUAGAAGAGGCUGGCCCUAACCAACCGGCAAAUGGUCAGACACCCUAUCAGAGCUGGCCAUAUCAUUAUGUACUCCCACCAAGGGAGUAUUACGAGGACAUCAUGAACAUGGAAAUAUUGGGCCGGCACCUCCGGUGGGAGCACUGGGUUCGACAAGUUGAAACGGCCUACCGUAUAGACUUCAUGGCCAGCAUCUACCCUCCGCCUCCUCCUCCAGCUCCGGAUCCGAUCCGCCUUUCUCCGUACAUGUCACGCACUCCAUAUAGCAUGGAAGAACUCAUCUUUGAGCGCUCCCCUUCCCCUCCGGCAGAUUACGUGAACGACAUCGAUAUCCCCCUUCUGACCAUUGGCCACCCUCUCCUGCCGGACUUCAGAGUCGAACAAGAACCGUAUGCUGUGACGACGUGGCAUGGGUGGAACUGGCUCAAUAUGCAUGGUGAACUGGCGAGGCUGGAGCGUAUUCGGGAGGAGCGGAGGAUGCGUGCGGCUGAGAUGAGGUCGGAACGUGCUCGCAAUGGCCAUUCGCACGUUGAGACGCCGUCGUCCGUGCUGCCGCUGCUGGUCAAGCAGGAAAUCGAGUGA